AUGUACGGCACAGAGAGGUACGGCACAGAGAGGUGCGGCACAGAGAGCAUAACGGAGCAGGCGGGCAACGAGGCACAUGACAUGCGCGUGCUGGUGGGCGCUCUGGAGAACCACACUCUCUCCGUCGCCACCGCCCUCACCGACCACGUCGCCCUGCAGACCAGUCAGCUGCGCCAGCUGGCAAUGGAGAUCCGCAAUCACAGCGCCACGGUGCAGAUCCACGUGGCAACAGCCGUGGACGCCAUUGGCGGAGGCGGGGAUGGCGGGAGGGGCGGCGGAGAUGUGACAAAGGAGAAGCUGGCCGUGCUCAUCUCCGCCUCCGCUUGCUCCCAGCGCAAGACAGAGGCGUUUCUCUCCAGCCUGCUCACCUCAGUCAAGGCGCUCUCCAAGCAGAUGGAGGUGGGUGCUGCGCGGUGCGUGCGGUCACAUGCAAUGCAAGUGGAGCAGGGAGGGGCAGGAGGAGCAGGAGGGGCAGCGGGCAGCGGAGCGAGCUUGAUGGGGGUGAGGGAGGCGGUCGCGGCUUCCAGGAAGCAGCUGCUGGCCCUCAAGACGCUGCAGGAGUCAAUGGAGGACCUCAAGUCAAGGCAGUCAACGACGGACUACUCCCCUCAGGUACUCCCCUCAGGUACUCCCACAGGUGCUUCCUCAGGUUCUUCCUCAGGUGCUUCCUCAGGUGCUCCCCUCAGGUGCUUCCCUCAGGUGCUUCCCUCAGGUGCUUCCCUCACGUGCUUCCCUCAGGUGCUUCCCUCAGGUGCUUCCCUCAGGUGCUUCCCUCAAGUGCCCCCCUCAGGUGUUUCCCUUGGGUGCUUCCGUCAGGGCAGGGUUGUUGAGGUGUGGCUGCUGGGCGCAGUGGUCCCGUCAAGGCGGGCCAGGGGAAGGACACGCAUGCUGGCAGUGCUCAAGGCGCUGGUGGCACACAUCAAGGCUGCCACGACCAACGCAAGCCCGAGUCUGCAACUGCCCAGGGCGGCUGGACUGGGGCGCACACGUGCCUCCUCACUCUCCUCUUCCCCACCCCUCUCCCCUCCAUCCCACAUCCCCCCCUCUCUUCUCAGGCAGCUCAUCUGCAUUCUGGCGGUGCUCAAGGCGUUGCUCAUCCGCAUUCUCGGGGUGCUCAAGGCGCUGGUGGCGCAUAUCAAGGCUGCCACGGCUAAUGGCGGGCUGGGCCUGGGGCUGGGCGAGCAGCUACCACAGCUGCCGUCGCUCGACAUGGAUGUGAGUCACCUAGAGGCGAUGCCACUGCAGCCACAGGCACAGGUGUCAGCGCAGCAGGCGCAGCAGAUGGAGCGGCUGCUGCAGCAGGUGCUGGCGGAGGUGCGCAACGGAACGCAGCUCACGCUGCUCCUCCGCGCCGUCUCCACGCAGACCACCAUCCUCUCGCGCCUAGCCAAGCGCUUCUCCUCGCUCCAAUCAGCCGCCUUCUCCGCCACCACUGCUGCCGCCACACCCCCGCCUGCUGGCCCUGACUCUGCUGCGGGCGGUGGUGGUGCGGCGCGCAUGCUCACGGGGGAGGAGGCAGAUGGCAAGGGGGGGUACUCGGUGCCGGUGAGGACGCUGGCCGUGGUGCAAAAGAGCGCGCGCGCGCUGCAGCAGAUGCCCGCGCUGCUCAUGCAGCUGGACUGCCGGCUGCAGGGCGUGGGUGGCGGGGCCGGUGGAGGUGUGGCUAGGGGGGGAGGGGGAGGAGGAGGAGCGAGGGCGGAAGGGGUGGUGCUAGGUGGAGGAGCAGGCACAGGCAUGUGGCAGCAGCAGCAGGGGCAGGUGGUAUUGGCGAUGGAACCCCCGAAGCUAAGUGGCAGGGCAGCGCGGCACGAGCGGCUGAAACAGCUGAUGGCGAAGGAGGCUGCUGCCCGCGCCGCCAAGCAGAAAGAGGAAGAGGCGGCUGCAGCAGGGAAGGCGGCGGCGGCGGCGGCAGGGGGCACGCAAGGAGAGGGAGCAGGCGGGCAGAAGGAGGAGGGCCAAGAGCAGCGCACGGUGGAAGGGGCAGGGCAGCAGCAGCAGCAGCAGCAGGGAGGAGUGGCGGCAGGUAUGGGCGCGGCAGGAGGGGCAGGCGCUGGGGGGGGUGGCGGAGAUGACAGUGGGGCGGAGCAAGAGGAAGGAGAGGGGAGAAGGGAUGGGGGGGGAGAGAGGGGGGAUGGGGAAGAUGGCGGGGAUAGGGAGGGGGGGAGAGCACAGAGAGCGGCUGGCAAAGGAUAUGGAGGAAGGGAGGAGGGAAAGGCAGGAGCAGGUGGAGGAGAGGGGAAAGCAGCAUCAGGAGGUGAGGAAGGAGAGGGAGAAGAGGGGGCAGGGGAAGAAGGGGGUGAAGGGGGCGCAAGGGGAGGAGGGGGAGGAGGGGGAGCAGGGGGAGUGGUGCCGAUAGAGUGGGCGAAGCCGGAGGAGAUGGACAGCGAGCGGGCGGACCUGGUGUCGAUGCUCAAGGCGCGCAGGGACGAGGCGGGCGAGCGCGGCAGCGAGGACAGCGGCGUGAAGAGUGGCGGCGGCAGUGAGACACUCAAGCACCGGCGGAAGCGGAAGAAGCACAAGGGUGGGGACGGGCGCAGUGCGGUGGGAGGCGGUGGGAAGGGAGAGGGGGAGAUGAGCGAGGAGGAGAGGGCCAUAGCUGAGGCGAAGAUGGCGGUGAGUAGAGAGAGAGGGGAGGAUGAGGAGGAGGAGGAAGAGGAGGAGGGGGAGGGGGAAGGGGAGGAGGGAGAGGAGGAGGUGGAAGAAGGGGAGGAGGAGGGUGGGGAGGACGAGGAGAAGGGUGGGGGGAAGGGAAAAGGCGAGGGUGGGGUAAAGAGUGGGGUUGGACACAAGAGGAGGGUGGCUGGAAGUGAACGUGGGGAGGCAGGGAGUGGAAACCUGAAGGAGAGAGGGGGGAGGAGAGGAGGGGAGGGAGAGAGCAAGAGGAGGCUAGGAGAGGAAGAUGGUGCGAGGGGAGCACAAGGGGGAGGGGCACGAGGAGGAGGGGGAGGAGGAGGAGUGGGGGUAGGGGAAGGAGGAGGAGGGGAGAGUGCAGAGGGAAGGCAGGGCAGAAGGAAGCGCAUUCCAAUGGAGCAGGCGGAGGAGCAGCAGAGUGUGGGUGCACGCACAGGGCUGCGGCUGAAGAGCAUGGGGAUCGAGGAGCUGCUGAGCCUGGAGGAUGAGGCGGACGACGAGGAGGAGGGCGGAGGGGGAGGAGGUGGGGGCCGAGGAGGAGGAGGGGGGCCGGGAGGGGGUACAGUGGGGGGAAUGGGAGGGGAAGGGGGUGUAGAGGUGGCUGGGGAGGGGGGGAGGAGCAGUGGCUGGGGGGGAGGGCGAGAAGGCAAGCAGGGGCGGGGGAUAAGGAUGGGAGUGAGGGGGGUCGAAGGGGGAGUGGGGGCAGCAGCGAGGGUGGGCAAGGCGGUGCUGGAUGACGUGGAGGGCGAGGAGGCGUGGAGGGAGCCGUUGCCCACACAGGGACGAACUUGUCCGCACCUCCCGUUGCUGCUCUCCGGUGGUGCCCACUACCGGCUUACCAUCGUCCCUUGUCUGCUUUCCCUGCCUCCUUCUUGCCCUCCCAUGGCUGUCUUUCGUCUUACGAACUUCCCCUGCCCUCCCUUGCCUUCUACCCUCCCUUGCCUUUUGCCCUCCCGUGCCUCCUUCCCACACCUUUCCAUACUCAUUCCUUCCCGUACGUGCCAUGCCUCCUUUCCUCCUUUUCCCCCAUACCUAUGGGCCAUUAGACGCAUCAGCGUGGAGGCAGAGAGUUCUAGCAGGGAACUCCGUCUUCAUCCGAUUCAGUGGCUACCGCGUAGGCCCGCGCAGGCUGGUGGGCGUGGGGGUGGUGCUGCGUGCCAUGAAGGGACGACUGGUCGCCACACACUGCAGGUGAGGGCGCACAAGAGGAGGGCGCACAGGCAGGGGUCUGCCUCGCAGCACACAGAGGCCGUUAUUGAGGCCGCCUUUAGCGAGGACGUGCCCAACACAGGGGGCUUCCUGGCUGUGCGCGUUGAAGGGAACGACUUUGUGCUUUACAGGGAAGCCCCUCUCACCUUCCCCACCACGGCCCCAGGUCUCCCCUUCCCCUUCCACUCGGUGCUGUGCCUCCUCCCAUCGGCGCGCAAUGCAUCAGUGCCAGUGCAUCUGCUGCGAGAGGCGGUGGAGUACCAUCGGCUGCAGGGCGCCGCCGUGGUGGCGCUGUACGACAGCGGCGGGUGGCUCGCCGUGGAGCUGCAGGAGCGCUUCCAUGGGGACUUUGAGCGCAGGGUCGUGCGCCGCACAGACUUCAUGGGCGUGAAGCAGUUUGACCUUGAGAGGAACGGGCAGGUGUUGGCAAUGCAUGUCUCUGUGCACCACCACACCUUUACGGCCCUUCCCCCUUCCACUCCUUUCGUUGCCACCCCGUUCCAUCCCCUUUACCUGCCACCCCCACCACCCUUCAAACCCCCCCCACCCCCCUCUCCCCUCCACCAAGUGCUAGCAAUGCACGACUGUGUGCACCGCCACGCCUUCACGGCGCGCUGGGUCAUCCCUGCGGCCAUUAACGAGUUCCUCUUCGUCGGCCUGCCGCCCGCCUCCAUUCCCUCCUUCCUUGACCCCUUCGCCUACCCCGCCACCUCUUCCUCCGAGACCUCCCUCUCAGACCCCCUCGUUGAUUCCGCCGCCACUGCCGCCGCCGCUGCGGUAACUGCAUCUGGAGGUUCGGCAGCCGCGGCCGCCGAAGCUGCGGCCGUGGGUGAGCGUGGGCAGCUAGUGGUGGUCGACGCGACUGUGCGCGCUGCCGUUCCGCGUGCUUGA